AUGGGACUUCUCAGCAAAAAGAAAGCUCGGAUGCUCAACUCCCUAUCCUCUCAUGUUUCGAAAGCUCGGAUGCUCUUAGUUGGUGCUCUUUUUCUCCUGAUCCUACCUAGUCUGCCUGGCAUUGCAUAUGCUCGUGAGUGGGCUUGUAGGAACUUCCCCUCAAGCUUCCCUUCGGACAACUCAUCUACCUUCAAUUUGGUUGACCCUGACGAUCUUGAGCUCCACAAGGAACUCAUUGCAGGAAGUGAAAGCACCACAAGUGCCACAAAUGCUAAUUUGAAUGGGAUGAUAGACACAGAAGGCAUUUUCAGGUGUUUCGCAUGUUUUGGGACGGUGAUGGAGAAAGACAGGUUGACAGUGCUAGGUGAAGAGCACUCAACUAAGCUGUUUGUAGGCCGAUGA